AUGUUGCUCGUGUCGGUUCUGUCGGUGUUGUGUCUCGCUACAGCUUCCAAUGCGCUUACGGUGCAAAUUCAGGGCCUCGGACAGGUGACCGGAUCCGAAACGGUGACCGCCCGCACCCAGCAACGGGUGUACCAAUUUUUAAACAUUCCGUACGCAGAGGCACCGGUCGGAACGUUACGAUUUAGGGCACCGGUACCGAUCGUACCGUGGACCGCAGUCAAGGAUGUGUCUCAACCUGGACGACCCUGCCCACAGUCCGGUGUAACCGAUCAGCUCAAUCCGGGCGAAAUUACACCAGCGGUCGAAGACUGUCUCUCGCUAUCGGUGUACACGAAAAAUGUGACAGCGAAAUACCCCGUCAUGGUGUACAUCCACGGUGGAUCAUUUUCGCUUGGUCGCGCUGCCGACCAUCCUCCAAAUUAUCUGCUCGAACGUGACGUUAUGCUGGUCGCCAUACAGUACAGGCUUGGUGCGCUUGGCUUUCUCUCUACGAUGAGUUCCACCAUUCCGGGCAAUGCCGCCAUGCUUGAUAUGAUUAUGGCACUGAAAUGGGUACAGGACCAUAUCAGUGAUUUUGGCGGUGAUCCACAGCGUGUUACCAUCUUCGGACAGUCGGCCGGAUCGGCAGCUGUUAGCGCAUUGCUGUACAGUCCAUUAGUGCCGGCAUCCUACUUCUCCCAAGUGAUCCUACAGUCCGGUGGAUCAACCAGUGCCUGGGCGAUCGAUCCUAAUCCGAUCGAAAACGCUAAAGAAAUUGCCAGAUUUGCUGGUUGUGACAUAGUGCGACCCAUAGAGGAUGUGGAGAGAUGUUUGCAAGAAUUGCCGGUGCUAAGCUUGAUCAAUGCGCUCAAUAUGCAUUCGCAAGAUCGAAUGCUCAAUCAGGGAGUCAACAACAUUGGCGGAUGUGGCAUGGUUAUUGGUGGACCGUCCGGCUUUCUUAAUGCGGAUCCUAUCCACGUGAUACGAUCGGGACAAGUACGCAAAGAUGUGCGUAUGAUGGCCGGUGCAACAAAGCACGACGGAUCGUUCAUGAUGACUGGCUUGUACGAUAUGCUGGCAGCGAUGGAACUGAUCAACAACACGCAAUUCAAUCAGUACGACUUAAUCGACACGGCCAACCGUGUCUUCGGCAUUGACGAGCAUAGCGGAGCACUGGCCGGAUACGAAAUUGAAGCCUUGUUCGGGGAACAGGAUCUCAAGAGUGGUAACUUCUCGCAGCUUAUGGCAGGCUUAAUAGAUAUUGCUGGAGCAAUCGUCAUAAAAGCGCCUGUUUUACGAGACGUACAAAACAACGUGAGGCACAGCGAGAAGGAAACAUACCUGUACUCGUUCGACUACCAGGGUGAACACACUCGCUUUGGUUAUGGGGCCAGUACUUCGCACUAUCCGUUCAAAGGUGGAGCACACCAUUCCGAUGAAAAUAUGUAUCUGUUUCCUUACCCGAUGGAGGUUACCAAUUUCAACGCCGCUGAUACGUUGAUACCACAGUCUAGUAACAUGGCACGACUUCAACAUUCAGUAGCUGCACUGCUACUCGUGCUCUCGAUCACCACGGUCACUACAGAUGCACAGGAUGAACAAGGUCCGGUGGUAAACAUCGAAGCACUCGGAUCAGUCUUGGGUACCAUGGGAGAAACUGCCUGGACUUCAAGACCCAUCUACAAGUUCUUCAACAUCAAGUAUGCAGAGGCACCGGUCGGAGAACAGCGCUUCCGAGCUCCAGUCAGUGUACUUCCCUGGUCCGGAGUCAUGAACGUUACUGCUCCUGGCAGAGAAUGCCCUCAAGCUCGUACUCUCUCUAUGGAUGAUCCAAACGCCGAGGAUUGUCUGACGCUUUCCAUCUAUUCCAACGAUCUUCAAGCUAGACGUCCUGUUAUGGUUUACAUCCAUGGAGGUGCGUUCGUGGUCGGUUCGGCAGAGCGCUUCGGUCCGGAAUAUUUGCUCGAGAAAGACAUCGUCCUUGUCGUCAUCCAGUAUCGUUUGGGUACGCUUGGAUUCCUCUCUACUGGUACGGAAGGUAUCCCUGGUAAUGCCGCCAUGUACGAUGUGAUGGAGUCCCUCGAGUGGGUAUCUCGACACAUUCGUCACUUUGGAGGAAACCCACACCAAGUUACGAUCUUCGGUGCAUCUGCCGGAGGACAUUCAGUGUCCGCAAUGUUGCACAGCCCUCAAGUACGUGAGGAUCUCUUCCAUCGUGCCAUCAUUCAAUCCGGUACCACAUUUAUGCCGUGGGUCAUCUGUCAGGAUCCUACCGAGGGAGCUUACGAAAUCGCUAGAAUCAUUGGGUGCAACAUGACAUCACCUAGACAGAUCGAUUACUGUCUGAAAAAUGCAUCAGUCCGGGAUCUCGUCCAAGCACAAAACCAACACAAGAGAAAUGAAUUCAGUUCCCCAGGAUACCCGAAAGUCGCCGGUGCUUGCAUCACUAUCGGUACCGACUUCAUGCCCGUUCAUCCUAAGGAGUCUACCUACUUUCGAGACAUUCCAAUCAUCUUCGGUAUGAACUCUCAGGAGGGACUCACAUACUUCAACGAAUAUUUUCGUGAUGGCCUGAACUCGCAACCCAUUGAAUUCGAAGACCACUGGGACUUCCUCGAGUUUGUCAAAACCCUCAACGUCAAGUUUGGAUCUUCCGCUUUCGUCGAUGCUGUCGUUGGUUACGAGCUCUUGACCAAAGCUACCUGGGAGGAAAUAAAUCGUGCUAACUUUUCCGAAAUAGUGCCUGUGCUCAUUGAUAUUAGUGGAAACUUGGCCCUGAAGUAUGGAUCGAUGCAGGAGGCUAACCGAUUCGCUAGGGCGCAUCCCGGACAAAUCUACCUUUACAACUUUGAUUACGCAGGACUCACGUCUUCUGUGACCCCAGCAUUUCCGUAUGACUUCCCCAACACAGUUGGGCAUGGUGAUGAACUUAAGUAUCUCUUCCCAAUGUCAAGCGUUCUCAAUGAAGUGCACGUUCAGAUGGCUAAAAUCAUGGUUGGUCUAUGGACAUCUUUCGCAACUACUGGUGUACCACAGGCUGACAACGUCAUUCCAUGGCCCACUGUAUCUCGACCAUACGGCCCCUACUUCCGACUAGUCAACCCACCAGAACGGAUGGAGUACUUCGUGCACGAGCUUACUAACAGUGUUGAGAAGGCUCGAGGACCCAGACAAUCCAACGAUCUUAAAAGUUGUGUAAAUCUAUUUCGCAAGCGGGAUCCCAAGAACUGA